GACUGGUUGGCAUGACAAUACAGGUGAUGACAACAAAUCGAAUGAUGCUGACGAUGUUCCAGAUCGCGAGGGGUAUGAGCCUGUCCUAUGUCCCUCAACAGUCUGACCAUGGCUCAGAGCGUCCAGCAGAAUCUCCAGUGCGUUCUCCAGCUCGUGGAUCACCAUCUAGGAAGACAACAGUUCGUCCAGUUUCUGAGCAUCCUGAACUAAGUUCCAUGGAUUCCUUUAUUUUGGAUGUGCUGCGUGGGUGGCGUUUGCUUGUUGCUGCCUCACUGUCCCCGGAUGAGUGGCGUGAUGUUCUGGCGACCACUGGUAACAAAUUGGACUAUUUGAGUAUCUCCAAUGCACUGCAAACAUUAUGGGAUGAUCAGCUAGGUGGUGGUAACAAGUGGCAUGGUGCAACUUCUCAAUCCUCUAUGUCUUCAUUUUGGCAUGAGUCAACAUGGCCCACUGACUAUGAGUAUGAUGGGUUUUGGCAAGAGUGGCCAACUGAUGAUGCGUGGGAUUGGAAUGCUGCCCUUUCAGAGUCACCAGCCGCAGCUUCCGAUGAUGCGGAUAAACAUGAUGAUGAUGAGGGUGACAAAGCCCUUGCUGAGGCGAUGGAGGCUGAGCGUCAAGCUGAAGCCCUGGCAAUGGAAGCUCGCAGAACGUGGAGCCAAGCCCAACAAGCUUCACAAAGGCUGAAAAAGGAUAGGGGUUUUGGUGCCACUGGUUGUUUUCUUUGCGGAGGAAAUCAUCUAGCCAAAGAUUGUCCUGAUCGUAUGCAUCCUUCUUUUCAAAAGGGUUCUGGUCGAAAGGGGUAUGGCAAAAACUUGUCUCCCGCGGAACUCGAGUCCUACCUCAUGGGCAAGUCAAAGGGAAAAGGUUACAAGGGAAAAUCCAAAGAUGGCAUGAUGGUUUGGUCAAAUGAUGAUGGUUGGUAUCAUGAUGUUUAUGCGGUGAUGAAGGGAAAAGGGAAACAACAACAAAAGGGUAAGUUCAAGCCUUCUGCAAACGUCUAUGGCAUGGAUUUGUGGUCCCUUGAGAUGGUGUCCGAUGAUUUUUCAACUUCACAUGAUGAUGCUGGUUUCCACAUGUUCCCCAUGGAGUUGUUUUCAACGAAUGAGAAUGCUUCGACUCAAAGGUCUAUCCCUCCUGGUCAUGGCAUGUUGGAUUGUGGCGCAACAGCGUCAGCGGGUCCCGAAGCAUCAGCCAAGAAGUUGAUCAGUUUCCUUUUGCACUAUGACCCCAACCUCCAAGUCAGUUUCAACUACCAAAAGCGUCCAUAUUUUCGAUAUGGUUCUGGCAAAUGGGGUCGUGCUAUGUAUCAUGCGGUCAUCCAUCCUAGUUGGGAUUCUUCACGAUGUUUUGAGCUCUACGUGUUGAACAAUCCUGCAGAAUAUGGUCAAGAUUGGUUCACUGAUGACCUAUUGGUUCCCAUUUUGGUUGGCAUGGACUAUUUGCAGAAGACUGGUUUGAUUUUGGAUUUCACUGAUGGUCAUGCGGUGAAUGGUCAUGAUGAUAACCCUGAGCCUUACACCAUGGAGAAAAACGUCAAGGGUCACUUCAUGGUCAACAUUGCCCACUAUCUCUUCGGCAACCUCUCUGCGACCGAGGCCGGCAACCCAGCUGAAUUUGCUGCCAAGAGCCUUGAGCAGGCUUGGACUCCUGGUUACGAGGAGACUUGGGGUGAUGAUUGGUUUGAGCUGACCAUGCUUUCAACUGCUGAGGGUUCUUCACAUGAUCACAUGGGUUCACAACAUGACCGUAGAGAUCUUUUCAAUGGUUUUCUUCAACGACGUUUGCGUUUGAAUCAUGGUGUUGUUUCUCCAGCUACUGAAUCUCAAGUUCAGCAGCCUUCCUCAUCUACGGCUUUGACCUCCAAUGGCCCCGAAGUUGGCAUCUCCUCCACUGGACUUCUCUCGCGAGAUCGGAGCUCCGUGCCCAAGUCCAACGGCUAUGCUCAAUGGUGCCUGUGCGAGAUCUGUGGUCUGAGGGUCUCUUACGUCCCGCGGGAAUCCUUCCACGGCAAGCAUGCGACUCAGGUGGACCACAAGGCUGUGGAGAUGGCCAUGAAGCAGCUCGAGAUGGAUCUUCGUCCCCACACUCUGAUGCCCGACAAGGACCUGGCCGAGACCAUGAUCCAGAUCCAUGUCAACGAAGCGCAGUUGGAAGCCCAGCACCUGAAGUUGCAGCGUCUUCAGGAACAUCAGAAGGCCCUGAGGCGCGAGUAUGGGGAGAUCUACAACAGGCUGACCAACAAGCCUUCCCCGAGCAGCGGUGCCAUCCCAUCAGUUCCAACGGAUGUGUGGCGCUACCUGAGUGCGGAGGAGAAGACCAAGUUGCAACAGAUUGCCGAGAGCCGCCAUCAGGAGGAGGAGAAGAUGAAGGAGGAUCCGGAGCUGGAACUGGUGCAAGAUGUCACGAAGAUGGGCAACCUCUCAAUGGCCUAUGAGACUGUGGAUGCCGAGAUGUCUGCCGAGCACUACGGCAACGUUGAGUUGCUUGAAUCAGCCCAAGGCUUAGCGGCUGAGAUUGAAUUCAUGAUGUGCCCCGAGGAUGAAAAGCCUCAACAAAAUUUCAAAAAUCCUGCAAAGAAAAAGUUCAAAAACUCUCAAAAACAAAAGAAAAAGAUUGAUACUGACGUGCACUAUGCAGCCUCUUCGACUUCAGGGGCUACCAGUUUUGAGAGGGAUCGCAACUCUGGAGAUCAGCGACAAGGUCUCUCAUGGAAGAUCAUCAAGGCCACUUUGGCUUUCCUGGGCAUGAUGACACUUGCUGCCCAGACUGGUCUUCGAGAUUUUCUGCAAGGUGAUCAAGUUGACGGCUGGGAGAUGUUCUGCUCUCCUGAGAGUUGGCUCACCGCUGCCUGCCGCAGUGAGGGCCUCAAGUUCAGUCGCAUCAACUUGGCUCAAGGCUUUGAUCUUUACAAGCCGAAAGUCUAUGAGGAGCUGAAGAAGAAAUACAAGCUGGAGCGUCCUCGAAGGAUCUGGGUCUCAACACGUUGCACAGUUUGGUGCCCCUUCACGUCCCUCAAUUUUCGGACGGAAGAGCAGCGUGUUGUCCUGGAACAACGCCGUCGAAAAGAACGAGCUAUGUUCAAACUUUUGAUCCCCUUCCUCUUGGACAUUCUUGAGAAUGACCCGGCUUGUGAACUUUUUUGGGAAUGGCCCCAUCGAUGCUAUGGCUGGGAUGAGCCUUGGAUUUUGCAUCUUCAACAUCGGCUACAAGAGCUUGGCAAGUCAUGGCAUUCCGCCAGAAUUGACGGCUGCCGCUAUGGGCUCCGUUCUGCCUCCGGCGGAUUCUUGCGGAAGUCUUGGAGGAUUGGCACUACCUCCGAAAGCUUCUACCACUUCUACAAGUUGAAGACCUGCCAAGGAUGCCAUGAUCAUGAUCAAAUCCAAGGACUUGAAACUCAACGCUCAGCGUUUUACCCAUGGAAGCUUUGCAAAUCAAUUGCGCAACGAUGGCGCCAAGAACUUUUUCCUGACAAGUGGCUUUCAUUUCUUCAAGCUCCUGUGCCAACAAUGGUGGAACCUGAUGAACAGCUUCGACUUCUAGGACUGAUGGAUGGGGCCUUGGACUUAUGCCCGGCAAUGGACUUAUGCCCAGGGAUGGAUUUGGACUUAUUCCCUGCAUCUUCAUCAGCUCCUGCUGUUCCGUCCACCAAAGAAGUUGAGCAAUGGAAAAUCCAGUUGCUGAAGUACCAUCGGUCAGCUGGCCAUCCGAGCAACUUCAACCUGGCACGCAUUUUGCGUGAUGCGGGACGUCCACAAUGGCAAGUCAAAGUUGCCCUUGCUCUUCGUUGCGAAGACUGUGCUGCGCUGAAAAUGGGAGGCUCUUCGAGCGGACAAGUGCCUCCGGCCUCUAUGAGACCUAUGCCACGAGCCUGGGAAUGCGUUGGCAUGGAUUGCACGGAGUGGACGCCACCGCAUGAGAAUCAAAAAUGCACUGUGUUGGUGUUGAUGGAUUUGGCCACAAAAUUCAAGGUCACCAAGAUUUUGAUGAAGUGUGGUUUGUCAGAACAAAAGACCGAGACCACUGAACAGCUCCUGGAGGCAUUCACUCAACUCUGGCUUCAAGACAAGCCGAAGCCUGUGUACCUCAUCCCGGACAAUGCCAAGUCCAUGAUCUCUAUGCGAAUGCGUGAGGUGCUCUCUGACUUCAACAUUGUUUUGGACCCACCAGCACCGAAGGAAAGCUGGGCACAUGGACUCCUUGAACGUGCUGUUCAAGAGGUCAAAGAGGGCUACACACCGUUUCAAUGGGUCUAUGGAGCUCAACCUACUUUGACUGAUGAAGACAUUGCCAGCUUUAGCCUUUCACCUGAUGAUGCUGCCGGUUUGAACUAUGGUGCCCUUCUCAAAAAGCGUCAAGAAGCUGAGAAUGUUGCCCGCUAUGUGAAGGCUAUGCGCACCAUCAACAAGAUCAAGAACUCCAAGGUGCGACAACCACUUCAAACUUUUCACCCUAUGGAUUUGGUGAAAAUCUGGAGGAAAUAUACCUCUCCAGUUGGUCCUCGUGGUGGUUUGAAGAAGACUGCUCGUCCGCAGUGGUUGGGGCCUGGUCGCGUGGUUUUUCACGAGACCAUCAAUGGACAACGCCCUGAAGAUCCACGCCGUCACAUAGUGUGGGUAGUUGUUGGUGGCACCAUGCACAGAUGUUCAGUUCAUAGUGUUCGCAAGGUCACUACUCAAGAACGUUUGGACUUUGAGCUGCAUUCUGGUGAAGACCCCAGUCAUUGGAAGUCUUUGGCAAACUACAUUCCUCAACGAUCCUUUGUAGAUUGUGUCCCUGAAGAGCCUAGUGAAGAUGAAGAGGAUUUGCCUCAACUUCCAAGUGAUCCCAGCACAACAGCUCUCCCUGGUCCAAAACCGAUGAUGCGGCAUUUCUACAAGCAUCCUGUUCGGAGGGUGACUUUUGCACAACCUCCUGCUGCAGAAGCUCAACCUGUGAACUCCUAUGAUCCUUCUUUUGCUGCAACUCCUGAUGAUGAUGAUGAACACCUUGGCAACACUGGCCUCGGUAGCGGCAUCCCAACCUUGGAAGAACGAUCAGGUAGUUCAAAAUCAAGACUUCUGCCUAGCGAGUCAGCUGCAGCCUCUUCUGAGCCUGAGUCCAAGAAGGCUCGCGUUGAUGAGGAUGGCCUGUUGCUAUCGUAUUUGGAGGUGGUUGAUGAGUGCUAUGUGCUUGAGCUUGACCUGGUUCUUGAAAAUGACCACCAGCAAAAACGACUUCUGGAAAACCCCAGUAUGUUUCUUGCUCAGAAAAUGCGAGAUUGUGAAGUGCGGUUGGAAAAACUUACACCAGCCCAUCGUGAACUCUUCAAAAGAGCCAAGGCGAAGGAAGUCAACAGUUUUAUUUCCAAUCAAGCUGUUCGACGUUGUGCUGAUAGUUUGGAGGAGGAGACUGCUCGAAACAGCGAUGUCUCUGAUGAACGCUGGCUGAAAAUACGUGCUUCCAUCGACUCCAUGUACAAGUGGGGGCAAUUGAAGAAGAAUGAGUACAGACAUGCUGGAACAGAUCUCUCAAUGAAGACCGAUCCAAUCUAUGGCAGAUGUUUGGUGGUUGAUCAAUCUUACUACAUUGAGAUGUUGGAAGAUGUGCAGAUUGACCCUCAAAGCCAUGGCCAUGGGAUAUUCUGGGUAUCUCCCAUGGCUGCUGUCGAAGUGCCAUCCUCAGAGCUGGACAUCGGGGUAUAG